ACCAAAGCGGAUGACACAGAAAACCAGUUAAACCUAAUCAUAGGGGACUUGGAAUCCAGGGACCGGACAGACAUCGAGAGAUUUUGCUCUAUCAUAGAGGGGACAGUCGUGUCAGACCUACUGUUCCGAAAGCGAUACAAGUGGUUGGAGAGCCUGUGGUUUGUUAGACUCCAAGACAUGCUAUCCAUACCUAAGGCACAGUACAAACCCAAAGUCCGAGGGGCUCGACACCUGAAGGCGGGCUCAGACGUGUACCCCAUGAGCGCCCGGUGCCGGGGAUACUGUGUUAUCAUUGAUAACCAGCUCUUCCAGCCGGGAAGUCUACGGCAAAUAUUUAGGAAGGGCUCCCGGGCUGACGCCUAUAGACUGACCCACGUGUUCCGGGAACUCCACUUCCGGGUCAAACAUUUGAUGAACAAAACGGCCGAAGAAAUGGUGGACUUAUUGGAGGCGCUGAGGGAUGAUAACGAGCUGUACUCUCACAACGCACUGGUAGUCAUCAUCCUAUCCCAUGGCAACGAGAUUGGAGUGGAGGGCACCGAUAGGAUAGCCGUUCCCACUGAGGCCAUACUCGAGAUGUUUAAUAACGAGAAUUGUCCGAAACUCGUGGAUAAGCCAAAAAUGUUUUUUAUCAGCGCCAAUAGGGGCGGUAAGUGUGGGGUUAUUAUCAGCGCCGAUAGGGGCGGUAAGUGUGAGCCAAGUGAACCAGCAGUGCCUGAUGUACCCAGGUCAAUACCCACAUGGAGUGACAUGUUUGUCUACUUUUCCACUGUUGAGGGUUAUGUAUCGCCACGGAAUCCGUUGUUGGGCUCGUGGUUUGGCUACGAGUUGGCCCACUGUUUGGCGCAAUACUCGGCCACUGAACACCUCCACGACUUGAUGACCAUAAAAGUGGCGGAAAAGUUACACAAUAGGGAAAGCUAUGUGGACAGUCAGGUCGUGAAACAGGCACUCGAGACUCGUUAUUACGGGCGCAUUAAAAAACUUUACUUUAAUCCUGGUCAUUGUUUAGAUAAUUAAUUAGGGUGCAUUCCAUGAUAGAUUGGCA